ACUACACUACAGGACCGGUGCAGAGAUCCCGCUGUAUCUGUGCGAAAACAAUCACUCACCUGUCUGACAGAACUUCUGCAGGCUCAGCCAAAUAAUGUUCUGGUACAGAAGGCUUGUUUAACCGGAUUGGUGCCGGUGGUGCUGGACACAGAGACCACUGUACAGGAGAAGACACUGGAGUGCUUGGACCAGCUUAUUCUUCAGAACAUUCGCCAUUACAAACACUAUAAGGACAGUGAUGAGAAGCAGAAACUCACCUGGGAUCUGCUGCAGCUGCUCACUACAGAGUGCCAGGAUCUCGGUCGUUAUCUGACAAAAGCAUUUCACUUAUGGGCCAAGCAAGAUAAAUUUUCUUCCACUUUAAUCAACAACUUGAUCUCCCACACGGAUACAGAACAUGCUGCCCCAGCCUGGAUGGUGCUUGCUAAAGUUGCCAUAUCUGCA